CGCAGCAGGAAUGUGAAAACGCACGUGAACCUGCUCCUGCACGAGGAGAACAAUGAGUCCUCAAAGACAACCCGCCCGUUCCGGGACACAGCUUUUCCUGGAGGUUCGCUUAAAAAAAAAAAAAAAAAAAAAAAGAAAAAGGAAAGAAGACGGAAAAAAGAAGUCAUUAUUCAUCUUAUCAGCUGGACGGUGACAAGCUAAAAAAAAAAAAAAAAUGGAUGGAUGUUGUCUGUCUCCCGAAGAAGCCGAGAGUCUCAGGAUACACAAUGCAAUCGAAAAACAACUUCGUCGCGAUAAAAGAGAUUCUUACCGGCAGCUGAAGCUGCUGCUGUUAGGGACUGGUGAAAGUGGGAAGAGCACUUUCAUCAAACAGAUGAGGAUCAUCCAUGGCGCCGGAUACAGUGAAAAGGACAGGACAGGUUUCACUCGAGUGGUGUUUCAGAACAUUGUCACAGCCAUCCAGGCACUGAUCGACGCCAUGGAGGCACUCCGCAUUGACUACUUAGAUGACAAGAACAUUGCCCACGCAGAACGGCUGAGCCAAAUGCAAGCAGACCAGGUGUCUAAUUUACAAGCCUGGCAGGUGGACGCCAUUAAGAGUGUGUGGAAUGAUCACGGUGUUCAACGCUGCUACGACCGCAGGAGAGAGUUCCAGUUGUCUGACUCUGCCAAAUAUUACCUGAGCGACAUGGACAGAAUCUCAGCCCCGUCAUAUAUCCCCACCCUACAGGACAUCUUGAGAGUCAGGGUCCCCACCACGGGCAUCAUAGAGUACCCCUUUGACCUCGCAAGAGUUGUUUUCAGGAUGGUGGAUGUGGGUGGUCAGCGUUCAGAGAGGAGGAAGUGGCUCCACUGCUUUGAGAAUGUCACUUCAAUCAUAUACCUGGCAGCUCUCAACGAGUACGACCAGGUCCUGUAUGAGAGCAAAGAUGAUAACCGACUGAGAGAGAGCUUAGCCCUGUUCCAGACUAUCCUCACAUACCCCUGGUUCCAGGAAUGUUCAACCAUCCUGUUCCUGAACAAAACAGAUCUACUGGAGGAGAAAAUCCCACAGUCUCACCUGGCAGACUACUUCCCAGCAUACACAGGCCCUCAAAAAGACGCCAAAGCUGCAAGGAAUUUCAUCUUAACAUUGUUUAAGGAGCUUCACAGUGGACACCCCAAACCCAUUUACACACACUUCACCUGCGCCACGGACACAGAGAACAUCCGAGUGGUUUUCAGAGCAGUCAAAGACACGCUCUUCAGAGAGAACAUGGAAAAAUUCAACUUAGAAUAAACAGCUUAAGGUGGUUUCUCUUUUAGGAAAAAGAACCUAUGCGGACUUUGAACUUGUAAAGGUUUUUAAAGAGUCUAAUUGGACUCAUUUAUCAGAGAACAUAACAGUAAAGCGCAAAAUGAACACAUUUGUCAUUACGACAGGUGACACACGAAUAAUAAAUCUGUUAAUUCAACACUUUUGUGCAGCUACUCUUUGACAGAAACAGCACGUGGUAUCACCAGUUUGACAAAAACCUCAACCCAAAAGAAUGCAGCCCUGCCUUUCCAGUCUGGCACGAGGAAGUAAAAAACUGCAGCACCUCAGUCAACUCUACAAUAAAGAUCAUUAUUUUUC